AAUGUAUUUGUAGAAUGUCUGGAAGACGUUACACUCGUUAGCGAGAGCUCCAAUUUCAAUCUCUCCGGUAAUUUUCAUGGAGAUCACGGUGUUUUUGAACUCCAAACAGUAAAUUAUAUUACUCAGAAGUACAAAAUCAUACAUAUAUAUCUAUAUACCUAUAUCUAUAUAUAUACAAAUUAGGGUUUUAGGAGGAGCCCAUGGCAGCAAUUCCUCCCAUCUCUACAUGGAUCCCUGAAGAUGAUCUCCUGUUGAAGAAUGCUGUCGAGGCUGGGGCUUCCUUGGAAGCACUUGCUAAGGGGGCAGUGCAAUUUUCUCGCAGAUUUACCCUACAAGAACUGCGAGAUCGGUGGCACUCUCUUCUCUACGAUCCUGAUAUAUCGGCUGAAGCUUCUGCUCGCAUGGUUGAGCUUGAACGUUCUGCUUCCAAUCUUUCAUCAAAGCUUAAUAGAUUGGACAAUUCUAAAGAGAAUAAAUAUGUUCCUGAAAAGAGGAAAGUUAGCAGCAUUCACAGACAAUAUUAUGCCAUGCGAAAGAGAAUCCGAAGUGACUUUUUAGCCUCUACUGAUAUAGGUCUUCUUUCUGAGUCCAAUCCUCAUGACUGCGGUGGAAAUGUAGGUGAUUUUCAAGAGCAUGUAAAACUUGGUAAUGAUCCUCUAAUUGGAAAUUGUAUGCUUGGAGAUUGUAUUUCCAACCAUUUUGGGGAUCAAAAAACAGAUUUUGAUAUCCCACGUGAUGGUUUCCCACAAACAAUGAGGGAUAUUGCUGCUGUCAAUGCUGUUGGUAAUAAUGGUGAUGCAUUUCAUACUGGAAACCCAUACUCGCUUGAAGAUAACAGAAUUACGAGGAAUGAUUCUCUAUUUAGAUUUCCCAAAGGCGUUUCCUCCCUAUCAAUCAAAGUAUCAGUUGCAAGUGAUGGAAGGGAAUCUAUUCGGCACAAUGAUGCAUACAAUGAUAUUACGCAUACCACUGAAAAUGUUUUAGUUGACGUUGAAAAAUGCUCAGGUGUUGAGGAAACCGGGCCAUCACAAGGGCUGUCGGAUGGAAAGCUACUUGAGGCUGAUGUUUCAGGGACAAAACUCUUGUGUACUUUUAAUUCGAUAAAUGAUAGUCUCCAAAAUGUUUGCUCUGAAUUUGGAGAAAGACCGCAAUUCAACUCCCCUGAUUCAGAUUACAAUGCUUCAUUGCACACAAUGGGAUAUUCUUCUCCACUGCCUAGAGAGCCUCUCUGGAAAACAAUGGUGGACAUCUCAACUCCUGCUAUGCCAGUUGAUAUGAACCUUGGAGAUAAAAGUCAGUGUGUGCAACAUAUGUCAACACUUCCUGAUAAUGAUGACAGUGAAAAGAAGAGCUAUGAUGUUGUGCAUUCUGGGCCUUUACUGGGAGACAGACACAAUGGUGAUAUAUGUACUAAUCCAGCUGCUAUCUCAGAUGGUGAAAAUGUAGAUAUCUCUGAUUCCCUUUUGAACUUCUCGAUUGAGGAUGGGAUUCCUUUUGUGGAUGCAGAUGGGAAAGACAUGAUGGAUAAAUCUUGUUAUGAUAAUUAUAAUUCACUGCCGUUAAAUUCACCUAAUGAUAUUUAUGAGAAUAAUGUACCCGUUGUAAAACCUGAGGCAUUGACAGUUUCAAGUACCUGCCUUGCAACUCCUGGUGGUGCAUGUCCUGCAAAAUCAGAAGUUAUCUCUUCCCCAUUACAUUCUUUUCAUGGUUAUCAGCAAAGUGCUUGUCGUUCAGAAGUUAAUGUGCCAUCUACAUCAGUGUUGUGCUCCAAGUCUCUUGAACUUAAUGACAUGGCUACGUACUGCACAUUGAACACCGAAGACCCAGAUAUCCCAUACAAUGAUGAUAUUUUCCUGCUUAUACAUCCAUCUGCAUCAUUUACCUCUUCUGCAACAGCACCAAUUACUGCAAAUGCUUUUGACUUCACAUCCUCGUUUGGAAGAGAUAGAGAACGACCAAACUUGACAAAGAAAGGAGAUGAUCCUGCAACAUCUUUUACAUCAUUAAAGAUAAUAGCACCAAACAUGUUGCCAGAAACCGGUCCAGGCCACGCACUUACUGGUUGCGAGGUCAAAUCUGAGUUGUCUGAUCCUAACUAUCUGGUUAUGGUUCCCAGAAAAGCUAACAAAGCCCUCAAUUCAAUUCAGUGCAAAUCAGCACAAGCAACUCCACGCUCUGCAAAGGAUGGAACAUUGGACAAAGAAGUUCUAAAAGUUGAAUUGGGGAUGGUAGAUGCCCCAGCUACUUUAAGGGAAUUGCCGUUAAAUGCAGAAGCAGCUUCCAUGAAAAUGACUCUUCCAGAAUCAGUGGCGAAAAUUUCAAUAUCAGAGCAUGAAGAAUAUGAGAGUGAUAAUGAUGUGCCUUAUUUUUCUGAUAUUGAAGCAAUGAUUCUUGAAAUGGACCUAGGCCCAUACGACCAGGAUUCGUAUGUUAGCAGACAAGUGCCUAUGUAUCAACACGAGGAUUCGAGGAGGAAGAUCAUAAGGUUGGAACAAUGUGCUCAUGCUUCUUUGCAUAGAGCCAUGGCGUCUCGAGGUGCCCUUGCCAUCUUUUAUGGCCGCCAGUUGAAGCAUUAUAUCAGGAAAACUGAGGUCUUACUUGGAAGAUCAACAGACGAUAUUAAAGUUGAUAUCGAUUUGGGGAAAGAAGGACGUGCUAACAAAAUAUCUAGACGGCAGGGAAUUAUCAAGAUGGGAGGAGAUGGAUCUUUCUUUUAUAAAAAUCUUGGGAAGAGUUCAAUCUCAGUUAAUGGCAAAGAAAUUGAAACUGGACAGUCAGUGUGUCUUAGUACAAGUUGCUUGAUUGAGAUAAGGGGAAUGAGUUUUGUGUUUGAAACGAACCACAAAUAUGUGAGGCGGUACUUGGAUAACAUUGCCAUAAAAAGCCAUGGAAAGCAUACCAAUUUCGAAUGGUCGGCUGAGGGGUAAUUAUGAGUGGAGUAAUGCUGUCAGAAGGUGCGUCCUGUUUUCCAGUAUUAAAGAUAAAUUAGUGUUUUGUUGUAUUAGUUUACCCUUCUUACAGAAGCAUCUAUAUACUGCCCAAUAUUAGAAUGUACAUUCUACCCAACAAUAGUGUUAUAGAAUCUUUUCUUGAUUUAUGUAUAUGACCAAUUGAUCGGUCCCUUGCCACCACCUUGGAAUUUGUAUAUGUUGUUCGGACACAGCUGGAAUACUUUGUCUAAUUUUGUUAAAGCCCAUAUCAUCCA